UAAUGGAUUAACGGCGGUAGUACAAGCAGAUACGACUCAAGUCACUGAUGAUGGCGACUUGUGGCAAGAAAGCGGUAAAUUAGAAGGCGACAUGGUGUUGGCCGACGGUCUACAAAAUGGAGUUAUUGAUGCCAAUUUGAGAUGGAAAGACAGAAAUAUUCCUUACGAACUAUCGGACGACUUCGACGAAAAGCAAAAGGCACAAAUUAAUGAAGUACUCGAACGAGAGUUUGCCAAAACUUGCAUAUCAGUGAAGCCACGCGUUGAUGAAUCAGAUUAUGUUUACGUUACUGGCAACAAUUCUGGCUGUUGGUCCCAGGUUGGUAGGAUCGGAGGAAAACAGAAUUUGAAUUUGCAAGUUAUAGGGUGUGUUUGGAACCACACGAUCGUUCACGAGUUUUUGCACGCUGCCGGUUUUUACCACCAGCAAAGUUCCACAGACAGGGACGAUUUCGUGGAUAUAUUUUGGGAGAAUAUUAAACCAGGACGUGAGCAUAAUUUCAACAAGCACAAUGGUGACAAGGUAACGAGCUUCAAUGAAGCUUACGACUACAACAGCAUCAUGCACUACACAAAAAACGCAUUUACCAAGAAUGGUAAAGCGACAAUACUACCCAAGGGUGACCCCACUAUUCCUAUUGGAGUAGCGAAGGUAAUGAGUGAAAUUGAUAUUCGAAAAGUUAAGAAAAUGUAUGAAUGUGAAUGAAAUGUGACUAAAUAAAAUAGUAUAUUGAGAAACAAAUGUAUAAUCAAGUCUUUAAGCACACACACCGUUGCAAGUGCUUUAAAG